AUGGCCUCGCUCAGCCGGUCCGCGCUGCUGCCCCAGUGCACGUCAUGCCUGCGCAUGCGACGAGUCGCGCGCCCGCAGCAGCAGACACGCAGCCUCUCCAAGGCGGCCAAGGAGGCCGAGCGCAACAUCGUCGUCAAGCUGCUGAAGGACGUGCCGCGAUACGGACGCGCUGGCGCCUACAUCCCCCUCAACCCUUCCACCAUGCGCAAUCGAUGGUUCCCCGCCCGCGUCGCCGACUACGUGCCCUUCAAGCAACUGAAGCUGCUGAAGGCGCAGGACGUCGACCUGGCACGCGACACCACAUUCGGCGUCCGCGUCAGCCUGGAAGAGGUCGAGGAAGACGCCGAGGAUCUCUCGCUGCCACGGAAGCCCUACGUGCGGCCGAUUGAGCUUGAGCUUCUCAGCCCCGAGCGUUCCAUGGAGCUGCUGGACGCCUUCGUCCCUCCUACAAUCGACUUCUCCCGCCAGCGCAUCGAGCAGGAGAAGGAAGCCAAGCCACGCUACGGCGCGUCUGGCGCGGCUGAUGUCCUCACCGCGGCCGCCAUGGGCGCCAAACCCAAGGCCUCGUCGAAUGCCAUCUACGGCUCCGUGUCCACGGCAGACAUAGCGGCGACCCUCAAGGCGGCGCUGGCGCACAACGACGAGGCAGCCCGUGUGAUAUUGAACGAGGCAGACGUCCGCUUCGUCUCCGGAGCAGACGAGGCAGAUGCGUUGCGUGUCAAGGAGCUGGGUGUCUUCAAGGUCGAGAUACAGCUGCCUGGCGCGCCAGAGCCGCUGGUGAGGAACGUCCGCGUAAAGGCAAAGGACAUGGAUGCGUAG